AUUCUAGUAAACAACAACAACAAUUCGUGCACUAAAUAUGGCAAACUCAAUACUGGAAAGGCUGCUGCCGCGUCCAAGGUGGCCCGUGCUAGUCUACGCCGCCACGUGGACGACUAUAUUGACGGCGACGGUGGCCGUGGCGUCCUUCACCCCGGAGAUAGCGUUUGUUUCGGCUGUUAAUCCAACAUCGCAGGCGUGCAGUGGAGCGGCUGCCUCCAUUAGGCUGCCGUUAGAUGUUCCGGCUGAGAAUUUGUGCUUCCAUGCUUCGCUUUUUAAGCGGUCGAGAAUCGAUAUGUUUGUGCCGCCUAUUUUCGCAGCCACCAUUGUUGCUUGUUCGGCUUUUGUUGUCAAAGCUAUGGGAUUAUGGGAAGAGGAUCAAGAUAAUUAAACACUUCAUUUUUUUUGGUUAACUGUUAUGUAUGGCAUUUUUGUGCAUGUAUUCCGUCCAUAUGUGCGGAUAUGGUUUAUUUUGUGUUACCAUUGUAUUCAAGUAAAAUUGAAUUAAUUAUUAA